GCCGAAGCAUGCGGUGUUUACGUUUUCCAUCGCACUUGUUUACAUUUUUUCCUGUGCAGCGCAACUUGUUCCAAUAAUGUUUGAUCGCACAAUUGCAGAGGCGGUAAUAAAACCAGACUGCAUAUCGAACUUUUGGCAAGCGGUUGAUAUCUAUCUAUUCAAAACACACGUGGUGAAUAAGAAACUGUUUGGUGUGAAAAAUGUGCUCAUAUUACCGUACAAAACUGCACCACCGUCGGCGGAAGAGACCUCCCAAGCGACGGAGCAUUUGCUGGACCAAAUAGUGGAAACCGAACUGGACAGCUUUGAACACGAAACUCGGAAGCGGCUUUUAUGCCUUGGCUGUGAGGUGCGAAAGGAAAAGGUGGAUAACAUUUCGCUCCAUGAAGUGUCGCAACAGGAGUACGAUGGAGCGAUCGUUUUAAACCGUCUCCUGCCGAAAAACAUCAACGUUUUCCAGCCAAUCGACGUUGCUUGUUGGAUAGAUUUUAGAUUCCUCCGGGUGCGGCUGCAGUGUCUUCAAAAGGAUAAAGUUACAACCUUGUUCCCAGCAUUUCCCUUCUUGCUGGAAGUGACUCAUGGAACACUUUCCAUUCGCUGCCAGUCCACCGACAACAUCGACGAACGGUCGAUCUAUUGGCUACGGGAAGUACUGCUGGAACGAAUGCAGAAAUGGAUGGAAUCAAACAUUCCCACCAAUGCGACGGGCACGAGCACCGCCUCCAUUCGAUCCCUUGCGCUCGUGGACAAUCUGGAGCAGUACAAUUGUCUUUUCAACGAGCUGAAACAAAAGUAUGGCCAAUCGAUGGUAUCCAUCUGGCCGGAGUGUACCGAUCCGCAGAAGUUCGUUUUCGAAGACAUCGCGAUAGCGGCGUACCUGUUGAUGCUUUGGAGAAAGGAGCGAACGACCAAGGGGCUCGAGUCACUUCAGUCUUUUGUGGACAUUGGCUGCGGCAAUGGGCUGCUGGUAUACAUUCUAGCAUCGGAAGGCCAUCGAGGUUACGGGAUCGAUUUAAGGAAACGGAAGCUGUGGGAUAUGUAUCCGGCCGAGCCGAAGGUUGACUUGCGUGUCGAAACGAUCGUACCGUCCAGCUCGUCGCUGUUCCCCGACAUCGACUGGAUCAUUGGCAACCAUUCGGACGAACUUUCGCCCUGGAUUCCGGUCAUUGCGGCACGAAGCUCGUACCGGUGCCGCUUUUUCCUGCUGCCCUGCUGUGCGUACGAGUUCGAUGGGCGUAAAUAUCAGCGGCAAAACUGUGCCCUCAGCCAGUACGGGGAUUUUCUGAAUUAUGCAGCAGAAAUUGCACGCGUCUGUGGGUUCGCGGUGGAGACGGAUCGCUUGCGUAUACCCAGUACGAAGCGCACGUGUCUGGUGGGAAGCACCAGAACGUACCCGGAGAUGGAGUACGAACAGCAGGACGGAAGGGUAACAGCAUUCAUCAAUGAACGAUCAAGUGGGGCUGAAACGGAAGAAAAAUCGGCUCAACAUGGUACGCCAGAGGAGAAUGUGCCUAGUUCCGGCAGCUGGUCGGCAGGAUUUAAACCAAGGGAAAGCACGGAAAAGGUACGCAAUUGUACGAAAAUCGAUCGAUCCGUGGUGGAUAAGAUUGUGGCGAUUGUGUUCGGAGAGCUGCUGGCAAAGCGACGCAUUCCGGCAGAGUUUGCCGAACGCAGCUGGAACGCUGGAGGGACGCUAGCACUAGAGGAACUAGUGAAAGCGAUCCCGCAGGAGCUGCUCGUUGCGCUUAAGGCAGAGUGUGGUGGGCUGCAAACGCUGUUGCGCAACAAUCAUCAAAUUUUCCGCGUCGAAAAGGGAACAGUGCAGCUGCGCAUACCGACUCGAAUAUCGGACACGCUCGAUGCGGCCCUUGCGAGGAAAAUGAAGAAGGUGAAGAGCUUUAAACCGAUUAACUUUAAGCAACGUGUUUGUUGGUUUUUCGUCAACCAUCCGGAUGGUUGCCCGUUGGCAGAGAUGGACUGUAAGUUCAACCACGGAAGCUGAGAGCUGAGAGAGAACCAAUUGUCUUGAUACGUCUUUAUUUGAUGUAAAUAAACUGUUUAAAAUUGCAUAAAUUUUAAACUUCUCCCCAUCCGA